GGUUUGGGUGUGGGUGUGUGUUUAUUCAGAAAAAAACGGAUGAUCCAUUUUGUGAAAAGGAAACUCACCGUCUAACUGUGCGUUGUUUCCUGUUGGAGACACAAUAAUGAAAUACUUUGUUAAUUAUUCAUAUUGAAACUGACUUGUCCUUUGUGGCACAGUGACUUUGGAAUGUAUUGAAACUCUGUGGUAUAAAGGAACAACACAGAUCAGGGCACAGAGUAAACCAGCAGGUUGUUCACGUAUAUGUUGCUGGGUGAGUUGGGAGCAGGUGAAACUAUCUCAGAGACAACAGAAUAUGUGACAGCACCCACCUGAGACCAGGACGACGAGCAGCAGCACGGCACAAAUCAACAUCUUCCCCUCCAUGGUGUCAGUCUUCACUGUGUGUGACAGAGCAGCAAGGUGUGCGGGACCAGGAGGGUGCGACUCCUCCCGCCAGAACAACAAGAAUCAAGAAACUACUAUUUCUUCAAGAAAGCCAAACUACAAAGUGCUAUAACUGUCUUCUCGGAGGUCAACAGUAGCUUCACCUGUUCCAACCUCACCCAGCGACAAGCCGUGAUGGAAACCACCUGCUGGUUUACCUUAUCAGACACAAGCAUCUUAACCUUUGACCUCUUUAUUCAUCAAGGAAGUGGACGGGCAGCUGGUGCGUGGUCAUUAUUGGAGAUCUCAUCGGCUCGUGCGUGUUGUUGUGAUCGAUUUCUGAAUGGAAAUCAUUCGAUCGAUCAGUCAGGCCGCGUGCGUGCUGCUGAGCGUGUGCGUGGCGCUGACGUCCCAGGAGCGGCCAGAUGACGCGGGAGGCUGGUGGUCGGACUCAGACGUCCGGCUCCAGGAUGAAGGUCCCUGUAACAUCGACGUGUGGGACGGCUCCUCGCUCUCCUAUCAACAGUUCAUUGAGAGAUACGCCUUCAGUCGCCCAGUCGUCCUCCGAGCGCUGACUGACAACACGAAGUUCCAGCUGCUCUGCUCCAAGUCGACUUUACUCCGAGAGUACGGCUCCCGGAAAGUGCGGCUCAGUACAGCGAACACGUAUUCUUACAGGAAAGUGGACGUCACGUUCCAGGAGUACGUGGACAAGUUCCUGAGGCCUCAGCCCACCCACGCUCUCGGCAGCGACACCAUGUAUUUCUUUGGAGACAACAACUUCACGGAGUGGCAGAGUCUGUUCGAGCACUACGCGGCUCCACCGUACGUCCUGCCGCGCACCAGCGGAGCGUACAGCUUCGGCAUCGCAGGCCCCGGAACCGGAGUUCCUUUUCACUGGCACUGCCCCGGUUACGCUGAGGUCAUCUACGGAAGAAAGCGUUGGUUCCUCUACCCGCCCGAUAAGGAGCCUCACUUCCACCCCAACCACACCACCCUGUCCUGGGUGAGGGACACCUACCCCCACCUGCCCCAGCACGAGGCUCCACUGGAGUGCACCAUCAGGCCGGGAGAGGUGCUGUAUUUCCCUGACCGCUGGUGGCACGCCACUCUGAACCUGGACACCAGCGUCUUCAUCUCCACGUUCCUCGGCUGACCGCUCUUCAGAUCUUCACUGUUUGUUUCCUUCAGGAUAAGAAACAGAUUCAACAACACGAGGACGAUCUGAUGAACUGUGUUUCUUCUGGUUUUAUUUUGGUCUGGACGAUGAAGACGUUUCAUUUCAGGGACUAAAGACGAACAACAGAAACAUUCCAGCCACGUUUCCUCAUGAUGAAGAUUAUAAUAAUAAUAAUAACGUGUAUUUCAUGACCAAAGAAACAGAAACAGAUUGAGUAUUGUUUUAUUUACACACACAUUUUCCUGACGCAUUUAAUUAUGAACCUGUGAUGAGUUUAAUUUACACCUAAAUUUGUUUAAUAUAUUUUUAUUUGUGUACAAUAAAAAGUGUUUGAGCUCUGAGGCAAAGUGACGUCGCUCUCUCCAGCAGAUUAUUCAGAAAACACCGACCAAUGAAAUGAAGUGUGAGUGACACUUUGUGCAGCUGCUCAAUAAACUGCAGCUCUUUUCCUGACCUGUCAAAAUAAACCUCACUUCCUCCUCGUUG